AUGUCUCUCUUUUGGUCGACGCCGGUCGACAUAGAUAUCGUGUUAGAGGACAAUGAUUCUCGGCAGAUGGUCGACAUAAAGACGGAUAAGCAGCGUCGCGAAAAAGCACCCUUGUACAUGGACGGCGAGAGCGUUCGAGGUCAGUCCCCGAAGGUGCCCCUUACGGUUCAAGAGCCCGGCAUCUUCGCCUGCCCCGACUCUAUGCCCGCAUACAACUGCGAUGCUCCAGCAUGUUUCCCGUCUGGUAGCCAAGCCACCGUUCGACCUAAAGAUGGAAAGAGAUUGGAGCAUACAGGCAUCAAAGUGCAGUUCAUCGGAACGAUAGAGAUGUUCUUCGACCGGGGCAACCAUUACGAGUUCCUGUGCCUGAACCAGGAGCUGGCGGCGCCGGGCGAGCUGCAGCACCCGCAGACGUUCGACUUCAACUUCAAGAACGUGGAGAAGCAGUACGAGUCGUACAACGGGAUCAACGUGAAGCUGCGGUACUUUGUGCGCGUCACCGUCGCGCGGCGCAUGGCCGACGUCAUCCGCGAGAAGGACAUGUGGGUGUACAGCUACCGCAUCCCGCCCGAGAUGAACAGCAGCAUCAAGAUGGACGUCGGCAUCGAGGAUUGCCUGCACAUCGAGUUCGAGUACAGCAAGAGCAAGUACCACCUCAAGGACGUCAUCGUCGGCCGCAUCUACUUCCUGCUCGUGCGCCUCAAGAUCAAGCACAUGGAGCUGAGCAUCAUCCGCCGCGAGACCACCGGCGCCGCGCCGAACCAGUAUAACGAGAGCGAGACGCUCGUGCGCUUCGAGAUUAUGGACGGCUCACCAUCACGCGGCGAGACCAUCCCUAUCCGUCUCUUCCUCGGUGGUUUCGACCUGACUCCAACCUUCCGUGAUGUCAACAAGAAGUUUUCGACACGGUACUACUUGAGUCUGGUGCUAAUAGACGAAGAUGCUAGACGGUACUUCAAGCAGUCGGAGAUCAUCCUGUAUCGGCAGGCGCCCGAGGCAGCGGCCAACGAGCCGUCACAGACCGUGGUGACCGUCCCGGAGUCGACGCGCCAGAUGCCCUUGUCAGCUGCUGCAUAA